AUGCCGAAUGACGACAUCAAAUCUCGAUUCUCCAAGUCCUUGGGAUUCGGAAAAGCUUUUAUGGCCCUCUCCAGGACUUCUUCUCUCACUAUAGCCAACAUCAAGCAGAAAUUCAAACCAGGUGUAACGACCUCGCAUCUACCCAACGGAUCAAAAGAAAAGAAACAGCAAAAGCCAGCUUUCACAAAAGUCCGAGCAAAAAAUAAGCCAUCCAAGAAGAAAGCUGACAAGAAGAAGUCUAACAAAAAGAAGUUGGACAAGAGAAAGUCGGGGAAGAGAGAGAAGAAGAAUGAAAAGAAGUCAACCAAGGAUAAGCGGACCUUCAAUGUACCUAAUCGCAAGUCAAAAGCACGCAUGGAAAAGAGAACAAGAUUCAACAAAGAAGAGAAGGUGGUAAACUUGCCAAAAAUCUCUUACAUUAAAUUGAAAAACUUCUUGAAACCAGUUUACGUCUAUGUUUUCUACACAGACUUGUACCAGCGAUUCGGGAACCCAAAAUAUCCCCUUUAUGAUAUAGAGCCUCUUCCUUGGACCAAAAAACAACGAGAACAACAAUAUGGACUGACUCAAUUUAAGUUGUUCAAGAAACUUCCAAAGGAGAUUCGAUCUAUGAUCUGGAGAGCAACAUUUAAAAGUCGUAUCGUCAUUGUGGAAGUUCAUGUUAAAAUGGACACCGAAAUUGGAAAGAUGAAAAUUGUUGGAGCACACAUGACUGUCCCACUCGCUUUGAGCGUUUGCCGAGAAAGUCGAGCUGAAGCACUUUUGUGGUACAGAAAUCUAGUCCCCGAACAUGUUAGGCCCAUAUACUUUCAUCCUACGCUUGAUUCCUUCGCAAUCAGAGCAAUGAAGGUUGCUCGUAAUGCAGACCCGAAGAAAAGAUGGACCGAAAUCACUUAUUUCGUCAAAGAUAUUCUGUACAUUCUGGGUCAUAUGGGUUCGGUAUAUAAACAAAUUCCGAAAUUCGUUCGAUGCAUCACUAUACCGAGAGCAUGCUGGAGUAACGAUCGAUAUUGGGAUACGAGAAUGCAGUUGGCAUGGAAUGAAGGUUGGGGUUAUAGGGGGUUGAAGGAGAUUGUCGUGUUAGAGUAUCUCGACAACAAAGACUACCAUUUACAGCAUGAGAAGUUUCUUGAAAGUUACUUUGAGACUAUAAAGAGGACGCAUCCUGAUUGCGUUGUGCCAAGAAUUCGAAUCAUUCUAGAUCGUUUGGGCCACUUGCCUUAUACUAGUAAGUCAUUCUCUACGAUAAUGGGGGAGGGAAUGUAUGAGGAUAUAGAUGCAAAGCAUGACGGCCUUCGUUGUUGCAAUUCAUGUUGGGUUAGGUGGUUCGAGUCGGAUUUCUGA